UUUUUUUUCUUCUACAAGUGGAGAAAUCGCUUCUUAUCCUCGUUAAAUCUUGGCCAAACGAAAUAGCUAAGAUUGACAAGUGAAACCUUUUAUAUGCAUCAAUGAAAGUGCACAUCUGGGUGCACAAACACACAUAAAAAAAAGAAGGAAAUGGAUUCUUCCAAUAAGGCAGUAGUAACUGAUAAGUCUCAUGCAGUUUGUAUUCCAUCCCCAGCUCAAAGCCACAUAAAGGCAAUGCUAAAACUUUCAAAGCUUCUCCACCAUAAAGGUUUUCACAUUACCUUUGUCAACACUGAGUUCAACCACCAACGUUUUUUGCAAUCUAGAGGUCCCAACUCCUUAGAUGGCUUGUCUGACUUCCGAUUUGAAACCAUUCCUGACGGCCUCCCUCCAUCGGACCUCAACGCUACCCAAGAUAUCCAUUUUCUUUGUGAUUCCAUUAUGAAAAACUUUUUGGCACCAUUUUCUGAUCUCCUUGUAAAACUCAAUGGUGCAACUUCAAAGAAUCCUCCAGUGACUUGUAUUAUCUCAGAUGGUUUCAUGCCAUUCACCAUUACUGCUGCUCAAGAACUUGGAAUUCCUAUUGUAAUGUUCUUCACUAUUUCUGCUUGUAGCUUAAUGGGUUUUAUGCAGCUUCCUUCUCUCAAAGACAAAGGAAUCAUACCACUUAAAGAUGAGAGUUACCUCACAAAUGGGUAUUUGGACAGAGUGAUAGACUGGAUUCCAGGUAUGAAAAACAUCCGUCUAAGGGAUCUCCCAAGUGUCGUUCAAAACAUAGAUCCAAAUGAUGCUCUCUUUAAACUUGCGAUCGAAGCAGCAGAAAGAGCUCCUAAAGCUUCGGGAAUUGUUAUUCACACGUUCAACGCAUUAGAAAAAGAGGUAUUGGAUGCUCUUUCAACCAUGUUUACUCAUGUAUAUGCCAUUGGCCCUCUCCAACCACUACUAAUCAAUCACUUACCCAAUGACCUUUCGAAAUCAAUUGGGUACAAUUUAUGGAAAGAAGAAACUGAGUGCCUCGAUUGGCUUAACUCUAAAUCACUCAACUCAGUAAUAUAUGUGAAUUUUGGUAGCAUAACUGUUAUGACACGAAAACAAUUGAUUGAGUUUGGUUGUGGACUUGCAAAUAGUAAGCACCCCUUUUUGUGGAUAAUUAGGUCUGAUUUAGUUGAUGGAGAAUCAACCAUUUUGCCACCUGAGUUUGAGGUAGAAAGUAAAGAAAGAGGCUUUAUAGCUAGUUGGUGCCCUCAAGAGGAAGUGUUGAACCACCCUGCAGUGGGAGGGUUCAUAACACAUAGCGGAUGGAAUUCAACCAUUGAAAGUGUGUAUGCAGGAGUACCAAUGCUUUGUUGGCCAUAUUUGGGCGAUCAACAAACAAAUUGCAAGUAUACUUGCAAUGAAUGGGGCAUUGGCAUGGAAAUUGAUAAUGAUGUCAAAAGAGAGAAAGUAGAGAAGAUUGUGAGGGAAUUAAUGGAAACAGAAAAGGGUAAGAAAAUGAAGAAAAAUGCAAUGGAGUGGAAAAAAAUUGCCGAAGAGGCCACUUGUCCACUUGGAUCUUCAUCCAUUAACUUUAACAAUCUGAACGAAUGGAUACGAAUGAAUGAUAAACUAGUGGAAAUCAUUGCUUGAAAAAGACUGACAGGUACUUGUUUCUUCAUUGUGUAAGUGAGAAAUAAUUACCAGGUGAAUUGUAGUUUUCCGAUUCUGGACUUCGUUAGUGUGAAAUUCAUGAGUAUUUAUAGGGGUAACUUAUUGUGUACUCUCGAAAUACUAUAAAUGUGUAUUUCCUUCUCUUUCAUGAAUGAUGGGUCUCACUAAUUAAAUUCAUGGUGGAACCCACCAUUCAUGUGAGAGGGGGAGUACGCAUUUCUGGUACUACGGGAGUACCUAAUAAUUUUCCAUUUAUAGGUGUUAAUGACAGUUUAUGGAUUUGGUUAGGUUUAAUUUAGAGUUAUUUUAAUCUACAUCAUUGAUUUUUAGAGUUGGGCUGCUAUUGCUGUGGACUAGAGGAGUAGUAGGGAAAUUUGAUGGGGUUGUGGGGAAUUAUUUAGUUUAUGUAAGUUUGGAUGAUCAAUUUGAAGGUUUCUUAAAUGAACAUUUAUAAUUUUGUAUGAAAAGGCUCCACAUGCGAGGUUGUACAAACACUAGCAUAUAUAUAGUUUGAAUGGCGCUCUCUUGAUUUUCCUUAUCUUAUUGAUGUAUUUGAAAUAUUUAACUUUCUCAUCAUCGAUGCAGAAUUUAAUAGUCUUCUCUUUGGUUAUAUUAGUCUUCUCUUUGGUUAUAAUAGACCACUCAAAGCCCUACGUGGAGGACUGGCAGAAUUUAAUCAAAGUAGAUGGAGCAUGGAGAAAACAAAACAAGAGAACUGGCAUAGACUUUGAAAACAAAUCCAGAGAGGUGAAAAAGCUUUUUAUGGGUUACUAACUUACUAUAGCACCAAAUCUAUGAAUUGCUAAGUGCCCAGAUUUGUAGCUGCCAAUGAGGCUGUUUUGAAGGCAAAAGAGUUGGGUUUCAGAAGAAUCUUUGUGCUGGUAAGAAGCAAGGAAAUAGAACAAAUUUGGAAACAGAAAAGGAAACCACCAUGGAGAUUCUCUGCACCAAUUGAAGACCUCAAGAAUGCUCAGCUGUUUUCCAGAUCACAAUUCCAGUAGUUCUUGAACUCCUUGUAAACAAAACCAGAACUCUGGCCAAACUAGCUACCAAAUGUCUUAAGAAUCAUUUUUGGUCCAAUUUUUUAAUUUCUUUGUUGCAACAUCCUUCUCUUGUAAAAUAAAAAAUAAAAAAUCAGUGCAUUGCCUUA